GUCUCAAAUGUCAAAACAUAGCAGAGUUCAUUUCAAGCAGAUUAUCAGGUUGGAUUGAGUAUUUCGCUUCCUUUUUAAAAAAACAUUGGGCGCUGGACUGAGGUCAUCCAAUGAGAGGCCAGUGAUUCGGUCACAUGGAGGUGGAGGCGCAGGUAGAGGCGCAGGUGGAGCAUCUGCUGUGCGGCCUCGGCUGCGAGGUGACGGCGUGCGACGUUGGCCUAGAGCAGAGCAAGCCGGCGUCGCUGAGGAACAACGUCACGUACAUCGUGUGCGCCGUCAUCUUCAACGAUGAGGAGGAGGUUCUGAUGGUCCAGGAGGCCAAGCAGGACUGUUACAAGAAGUGGUAUCUGCCGGCAGGGAGGGUGGAGGUGGGCGAGAGCCUGCAGGAGGCGCUGCUGAGGGAGGUGAAGGAGGAGGCGGGCUUUGAGUGCCAACCAAUCACGUUGCUGCUGAUCCAGGAGCAGGGACCUCAGUGGAUCCGCUUCAUCUUCCUGGCCAAGAUCACAGGCGGGAGCGUCAAGACUUUGUCGUCGGCAGAUCAGGAGUCUCUCCAGGCCGCCUGGUGGGACCGGCGCGCCCCCCUCCCUCUGAGGGCCCGGGAUAUCCUGCGGCUCAUCGACUUCGGACUUAAGUACCUUCGAGACGCCUGGCAUCCUGCCACGCUGCCGCUGGACGUGAGCUGCCGCCACGUGGUCCAGAGGCUGGUGCUGAUCUUCAGCGCAGAGCAGAACGUCUGGAUCCUGCUGGUCAAAGCCCCCAGGCCCCACCUCCCCACGGCGGCGGCUCUGAAAACUCACGCUGUCACGUGGGCGGCCAACACGGUGGUGCAGGACGCCAUGCCGUCGGCGUACUACGAGCACAACGUCAACACGCUGGGCGUGUUCAGCCUGCAGCACGACGGACGGCAACAGGGAAAGACGGACGGCGUGUGCUUCAACACGCUCGUGGCCCUGCAGCCCGACCGCGCGGAGCGCGACGAGGACGGCGCCAGGCUGCCGGCGCCGCCCGCCCGGGGGCCGCCGCCCGUGGAGAACCCGCGUUACGUCUGGCACCGGGUUCUCGCGCCCGCCGUCAGAGAGAAACUGCUGGAAAAGAGCAGAAACACGAGCAUCCUGCCCAUGCACAGCCUCUACUGAUGAAACUGCACUCUCAAUGUGGAAGGACACAAGGCAAGAAGUCUGCUUUUAUUUGCAAACUCUCAGUUGGGGACCUUCACUGCAU